GCCACGUGACCCCCGUCAGUCGUACCCAGGAAGUGACUCCUGUUGUUAUUCGGCCGAUUACUUCCCUCUUCAGUUGUUUGUGUGCAGUCUCGCGGGCCGAAAUGGCGACAUUUAUCUCUGUACCGUUAAAAAAGUCGUCUGAUGUGGACUUGGUGAAACCCUUGUCAAAGUUUAUCACGGCUACCUACCCGGCGGGCGAAGAUCAGGCGGAGUAUCUCCGUGCCGUGGAAGAGCUAAAUAAGCUGCGUAAGAAUGCCCUGAACAGGCCGCUAGAUAAGCACGAAAGCUCGCUGGAGAUCCUGAUGAGGUACUAUGAUCAGCUCAGUGCUAUUGAACCCAAAUUUCCCUUUUCGGAAAACCAGCUCUGUUUAACAUUCACCUGGAAAGAUGCCUUUGACAAAGGAUCGCUCUUUGUUGGUUCGGUCAAGCUUGCCCUGGCCAGCCUGGGUUAUGAGAAGACAUGUGUGCUGUUCAACGUGGCGGCGCUGGCCAGCCAGAUCGCCUCCGAGCAGAACCUGGAGAACGACGAAAGCUUGAAGGCUGCUGCUAAGUUGUAUCAGCUGGCCAGCGGGGCUUUCAGCCACAUCAAAGACACGGUGCUGUCAGCGCUGAACCGGGAGCCCACCAUGGACAUCGCCCCGGACACCGUCGGCACCCUUAGCCAGAUUAUGCUGGCCCAGGCCCAGGAGGUCUUCUUUAUCAAGGCUACUUCAGACAAAAUGAAAGAUGCUAUAAUCGCAAAGUUGGCCAAUCAGGCCGCAGACUUCUACAGCGACGCCUUCAAGCAGUGUCAGUACAAAGAGAACCUGCCCAAGUAUUUUUAUUUCCAGGAGGUGCUGCCGGUGCUGGCUGCCAAGCACUGCAUCAUGCAGGCCAACGCCGAGUACCACCAGUCCAUUCUGGCCAAGCAGCAGAAGAAGUUUGGGGAGGAGAUUGGCAGGCUUCAGCAUGCAUCGGAGCUCGUGAAGACCGUCGCAACACGCUACGACGAGUACGUUAACGUGAAGGACCUUUCCAACAAGAUUGCACGUGCUUUGACAGCCGGGAAGAAAGACAAUGACUUCAUCUACCAUGACCGUGUGCCAGAGCAGAAGGACCUGGAGCAGAUUGGCAAGGCUGCCCUGGUGAAGCCCACUGCCAUCCAGGCGCCCAUCAGCCAGAAGUUCACUGAUCUCUUUGAGAAGAUGGUUCCCAUGAUCGUGCAGCAGUCCUUGAGUGCUUACAAUCAACGGAAGGCCGACAAUAUGAACCAGCUCAUCGGCACCAUGAGGGAGGCCACGAACCUCUGCAACGGGGUGCUGGCUUCACUGAACCUCCCUGCUGCCCUUGAGGACCUCUCUGGGGAUUCAGUGCCCCAGUCGAUCCUGGAGAAGUCCCGCUCCAUCAUCCAGCAGGGGGGUCUGCAGACCAUUGAGCAGCUCAUCAAGGAUCUACCUGACCUGCUGCAGAGGAACCGGGAGAUCCUCGACGAAUCUCUGAAAAUGCUAGAUGACGAGGAGUCCACAGACAGUGACCUGAGGACCAAGUUCAGUCAGCGCUGGAGCAGAACAGCUUCUGGGGAGCUAUACAAGCCCCUGAGAGCAGAGGGGACAAACUAUCGCAAUGUACUGGACAAGGCAGUGCAAGCAGACCAGGUGGUGCGUGAGCGCUACAACGCUCACUGCGAGAUGAUCGCCCUGCUGUGUAAGCCGGAGCCCGAGCUCAGCGCCGCCAUCCCGUCCGCCAACCCGGCCAUGACUCUGCAGGGCAGUGAGGUGGUGAAUGUCCUGCGCAGCCAGCUGGCUCAGCUGGAACAGCUGAAGAAGGAGCGAGAGCAACUGGAGAGUGACAUCAAGUCUGUGCAGUUCGAUAUGACCAGCAAGUUCCUCACCGCUCUGGCCCAGGACGGAGCCAUCGACGAGGAGGCCCUGUCAGUCUCAGAGCUCAACAACAUGUACGGCAGCUACAGACAGACGGUGCAGCAGAAUCUGCGGACCCAGGAGGAGCUGCUGAGUAACGUGCAGACGUCCCACCAGGAAUUCUCCGCCUUGAAGCAGUCCAACAUGGAGGCCAACCAGCGGGAGGAGGUCCUGAAGAAGCUGGCCGCUGCACAUGACAGCUACGUGGAGAUCUCCGGCAACCUGCGGGAGGGAACAAAGUUUUACAACGACUUGACUGAAAUUCUCCUGCGCUUCCAAAACAAAUGCAGCGACAUCGUCUUCGCCCGCAAAACCGAGAGAGACGAGCUGCUCAAGGAACUGCAGCAGAGCAUCGCACGGGAACCCAGUGCCCCCUCUUUCACCGUGCCCUCCUACCAGGCGGGCCCUGGGGCCACCCCCCCUGCCAGUGCUGGGGGCCCUACACCGGCCCCCAGGACCGUGUUCCAACCUCAGCAGCAGCCCAGCAAGCCCUCACCCCCCGCAAGGCCCCCUCCCCCGAACUUCUCUUCUCCGCCAGCCUGUGCCCCUCCCUCAGCGGCUGCGGCGCCAUUGCAGGCCGCUCCGGUUCCUGUUCUGCCUGCGGCCUCUGCCCCGGCCAUGGCCCCCCAGGCCCCGCAAGCCCAGGGGCCUCCCUACCCCACCUACCAGGGCUACCCCGGGUACUUCCCCAUGCCCGUGGCCUACAACCCAUACAGCUACGGGCAGUACAACAUGCCCUACAUGACGUACCAGCCGUCAGCCCAGCCCGGAUACCCGGGAGCCACCCAGCAGCCGUACCCGUACUCCCAGCAGCCACCGCAGCCUCAACAGCCGUACUUCCCCCAGCAAUAGGUGGCGCUUUUCUGACAGCAACAUCACCGUGCAUCCUGCCACAGUCUAACCUUUCCCAGCAUAACUUUCCUAGUCUCCGUCGCUUCUUUUAUUUUUCUCUUAACACUUCUUAUGUUCACUAAUAGCUUUGCAUCCAGAUGCAUCGUGUUUAAACACUAGGGACGGGGAACGGCAGGCACCCAAGAAGGCACUUGGGUUUCAGGGCAUCAGAGCUGCGCAGUAGUUGUGCAGAUCUGCUGGCCUGCGCAGGCAGGCGGGUGGGCUGCCUCCGCUUGUUUGCCAUCUUUGCUGUGCCGUAAUAUUGACCAGCGGGUCUGCACAGAUACUGCGCACAGUGAUCAGACCAGGCCCCUGGAAACGGGAAGACUGACUUAUUGUUUGCAAUUCUCAUGAAAACGUUUCCUCUAUCUCGCUACUAUAUAUUAUUUUUAUACUGAAUAAGGUAAUGAAGUGCUCUCUAGAUGUUUAUGUGUAUUAUAUUAGGGGCAGGAUUUCAAGAAAAUGUUCAGUAACGAUUUAUUGAGCUUCAGCUGGGCAAACACCAGUUUCUUUUUCUGUUCUUUACUCUUACAAUCAAUACCUUGUGGGUUACUUGGUACAUUAAUGAUGAAACUGUAUAAAAGACUCCAUCUGUCUUUAACAAAAAAUGUUUUGCAUCUGAUUUUUUUUUUGUUUGUUUUAAACUUGAUUAAAAUCACGUUGUACAUAAGCCUUUCCAUCGCUCCUCUUUAGUUGGAAACCCUGGCCCUUUGCGCGUGACACUCACGUGAAGGUUCAUCGUGGUCAGUGACGUCAAUCUGGCAGUGAGCACUCCGGCCUCGCUGAAGCCUCCUGCUCUUAUAAAAUGUUGCACUAAUGAUAAUUCUGGGACCGUGCUGUUGAUGGAAUCGACUGUUAAGUGUCUGAAGGUAAUGACGAUCAGCGUCUUUGACGUUUCUGUGGACCUGAUCGCCAGUGCGCGUGGUCCACUGGCUUCAAGUGUUUUUUCUUUUAGCGCUAUCGCUAUUGGAGCAUAGGAGCCUGUAGUUCCAAACCAUUGCUUCUGAUUCUUCAUUUGUUACAGAUCGCCUAAUCUGGUAACCCUGUUGUACUCAGGGUAUUAAUCGUCUUGACUUUUGAAGUUUUCCUUCUCGUUGUUAACUCUGUUUACGAUAUCGAUGUCAUUCUCCUCACCCUGUAAGGGGCAGCAACUAUGCAAAAAAAAAUAAGAUUAAAAAUGUAACCACGGUUUAAAGCAAACUCUGGGAGCCGUAUGUGAAAAGCGCUGCAUCUGCAUAACCAGCUGCAGACAGCCCUGCGAACACCGCUAUGCGCCAGGUACAUGUAUGCUCUGUAAACUAAUCAUAAAUAAAAUUAAGAUUUGUUACAGAA